AUGUUGGUUGAACAACGUGAUGAGCGCGACGCUCAGAGCAACCAUGAUCUUGACAACUUAGACAACUUGGACGAUUUUAGCGACCUUUCAUCCUCUCACUACUCUCCCUCUGAAUUCUCUUCAUCAAACUCGCUUUCGCCUACCCGAUUCUACCUGCGCUCUCUUCUCCUGCCCAUCGUCGAACGAGAAUCUCAUGUUAUAUCUCGUCUCCAACGACGAUUCCGAACACCGUUUUGGGAUAAAUAUUUCGUUUAUACCAGCUCCCUUGGAACACAUACCUUUUUCAUGAUUUUGCUACCGGCGAUGUUCUUCUUUGGCUUUAGGGAUAUGGGGAUGGGGCUGGUUAUGGUUAUGGGCGGAGGAGUUUACGCGAGCAGUAUUGUGAAGGACCUGGUUUGUAGUCCAAGGCCAUUGGCGCCGCCCGUUACACGUCUGACUAUAGGCAACCAUCAUCUUGAAUAUGGCUUCCCGUCAACGCAUUCGACGAAUAGCGUCUCUAUAGCUCUAUUCUUCUGGGGAUACGUUCACACGCUCUUUUACGAUGAUUCCGUUGUCUACUGGACCUGCACAGUCAUUCUCCUCAUCUACACACUCUCCAUCGUGCUAGGGCGAAUUUAUACUGCCAUGCAUUCAUUUAUCGACUGCAUCUUCGGGGUGUUACUUGGAGCUAGCGUUUGGUGGUGUGUAACGGAUUUGAAUAUCGGAGGAUAUUUAACCGGAUUCGGGUUUUCCGCCCGACUGCAGGCUUGGAUAUCCGACGCUGUAUCGGGGUCUGCAGCGAACAACAGUGGAGAAGGCUCGUCAUUGUCCUUGUCGUUCUCAUCAGCAUUCUCCGCAAUCACAUAUUCACCAAUCUCUCCACCACUUCUUUUGACAACUUUCUUCCUCCUUCUCGUCAACCAGCACCCUCAACCAGUUGAUGAUUGUCCGUGCUUCGAAGACGCUAUAGCAUCUGGUGCAGUCGUUUUCGGUGCCCUCCUUGGCCGGUGGGCGACUGCCUACUUCCACCUGCACGACCUUAUCGAACGUUUGGGUGGACCCAAACCCAUGCUGGGCGCCGGAUGGAACAUCGUAAACGUUCACAAUGAUAACGAAACCGUUUGGGUACCCAUUGACCGAGGAUUCAAAGAUUAUACCCUUUUCACCGUUGUUGCCUUUGCCAAAAUUCUCCUUGGAGUCACCUUUAUCUUCAUCUGGCGUCUAUUUGCAAAAUCGCUCUUAGGCCUUCUCCUUCCUCCAUUAUUCCGGCUUGUGGCACGAGUGGUUGGCGCAGCCCGAGUCAAACUAGGCAUGAGGUGGCUAGGGAUGCCUAAUCGAAGAUUUUAUCUUCCUGCGACGGAGUAUAGGGGACCGGUGCCAAACGGGUUUAUUGGUAUGGAGGAAGGAGAAGUUGAAGGAGAUGAGUAUGAACUUGGGAGAAGGAUGGGGUCAAUACCUUCUGUCAUCGACCUGCCGUCGACAUUGACGGUCGGUGUGGAAAUACAAGGUGGGAUCGGCAGUGGAUUUGCGAGGGAUAGUCAUAGGAAUGGAAACGUCGGACGCGAGAUCAAAAUUCGAGCAGGGAAUGGAAGCUCAAAACUUUCUAAUGAAGUGAAUGCCGAGGAGGAUAUAGUUUACACCCCGGAUGGGAGUGAGGACAAAUUUGGAAGUGGAAGUGGGAUGAGAAAACAUAUACAUUAUGAUGCCGAUGUUCUCACCAAGAUUCUCGUCUACGCCGGUAUCGCCAUACUCUCGAUAGAGGUGACCCCCUUGGUGUUUGAGCUGCUUGGGUGGGGAGUAUACGUUAGUCCACCAGAAGGUGCUUUGGUCCAUUCUGUCCAGGUAGCCUAG